GCCAAGGUCGCCGAGGACACUCUUGGGUGAUUGCGCCACCUGCCAGCUCUCCCUCCCGAUAUAAACCCGGGUGCGGGGGCCACAGGAGCGGGGAGCACAGACCCUCGAUGGAGGCCGGGCUGCUGAGCGCCGUCCUGGGCAUUAUCCUGCUGCAGGUGGAAAUGACCGCGCAGGACCUGGACCUGCAGAAGAUUGCAGGGUUCUGGCGGGAAGUUGGGGUGGCCUCCAGCCAAUACCUGGCACUGCAGACCCCAAAGAGGCUGGAGGCCUUGUUCCUGACCUUGAGUGGGGAGGAGCUGACCGUGAAGGCUGCGUAUAAUAGCUCAGGAAGUUGUGAGACUGAACAAAUAGUGAGCUCAGAAGUAAAUGUUUCGGGGAGAUUUGUUUUUCCUGGCCACAGGGAGAUCCAGGUGAUAGACACAGACUACGAACAGUUCGCCAUCCUGAGGGUGUCCCUCCACUGGCGGGACAAGGAGUUCCACGUGCUCAAGUAUUUCACUCGGAGCCUUGAGGGCGAGUAUGAACCAGGCUUCUGGAAGUUCCGGGAGUUGACCGCAGACACGGGGCUGUACCUGGUGGCCCGGCACGGGAGGUGUGCCAAGCUCCUGAAGGAGGCGAGCCUUUGCCCCUGUCUGCGCUGAGCCCCGCCCGAGUCCCGGCCUGAGGGGAGCCCCUAGGCCUCCGGGGUGGUGACACCAGGCUGCCAGAAGGGGACCCUGGAGGCUGGGGCGGGGGGGAGGGCAGGGCUGGGCCAGGGAGGGGAGGAGGCUGGCCCUCAUCCCCCGUUUCCAUCCAGCAGGGUCCUGCUGGGGGCGGUGGGGUGGGCGCAGGCCCUGUGGGCCCCUUCUCGGGCUCCCCGGGUCCCCCACUGUGCUAACACGUCAGCUGCACGACCCCCUCUGUCUCAACGGCCCCGAGAGGUUGGGACUAUCACCCCACUUUGCAGGUAGAGAAACUGAGGCCCAGGUCACACAGCUAGGACACCCACUCCUGGCCGUGGCUCCAACCGCUGACCCCUGGGGUCCUCGGAGGCCGGGCGGCACCCUGAGGCCCUGGCCUUCUGUGUCACAGGAGCUGAUCUAGAGGAGCCCCUGCCCCCAUCCGGGAUGCUCGGAGCUCCGCCCACCCAGCCUCCCCUGACCGCCCAGCCCUGGGGGGCCCGCCUGCACCUGCUCUGAAUAAACUCUACUGCCAAA